UUUCAGUUCGAGAUCAACAAGAAGAGGGACACAGAACUACUGAAGCUGAGAAAGCUCCUCGAAGAUGUGCACCUGGAGAGCGAAGAAACUGCCCAUCUUCUGCGCAAGAAGCACCAGGAGGUCGUCGUCGACUUCCAGGAUCAGAUCGAUGUGCUCUCGAAGGCACGCGCUAGAGCCGACAAGGAAAAAUCGAAAUUCCAGCAGGAAGUGUACGAGCUUCUCGCGCAGCUGGACAAUGUCACGAAAGAAAAGAUGAUGUCGAUCAAGACCGUGGAGAAACUGGAGGUGCACGUGUCGGAGCUGAACGUCAAAAUCGAGGAAAUCAACCGCACCAUCGUCGACAUAACCAGUCACAAGACUCGCCUGUCCCAGGAGAACAUCGAGCUCACCAAAGAAGUUCAAGACUUGAAGGUGAACAUCGAGAACAUCACUUACCUGAGAUCACAAAUCGCCAGCCAACUCGAGGAUGCCCGUCGCCGACUGGAGGACGAGGAGCGCCGCCGAUCCCUCGUCGAGGCCUCCCUCCACCAGGUCGAAACGGAGCUCGAGUCCGUCCGCGUGCAAUUGGAAGAAGAGUCGGAGGCUCGUCUGGAACUGGAACGCCAAUUGGUCAAGGCCAACGGCGAAGUCAACAUUUGGAGGUCCAAGUACGAGACCGAGGCCAACGCUCGCGCCGAAGAGGUGAGAACUACGACACAAAUG